CUAGCAUUGCUACUUCCCUUGCCCCGGCAUGUUGUGGGAUGCCGCGCUGGACAGUGCACUUGGAAGGGGGUCCUCGCAGGGUGAACCAUGCAGCUGUUGCUGUGGGACAUCGAGUGUUCUCUUUCGGGGGAUACUGCUCUGGAGAAGAUUACGAGACCCUGCGGCAGAUCGAUGUACACGUGUUCAAUGCAGUAUCGCUGCGGUGGAGGAAGCUGCCCCCUGCUUGUUGUGCACCAUCCAAAGUUCCAUACAUGCGAUAUGGUCACACAGCUGUUCUAAUCGAUGAUGUCAUCUAUAUAUGGGGAGGUCGUAAUGACACAGAGGGGGCCUGCAAUGUCCUCUACACCUUUCAUACAGGUACCCAUCUGUGGACAACACCGCGUGUAUCUGGGCAGAUCCCUGGGGCUCGUGAUGGUCACUCUGCUUGUGUCCUAGAAAGGACCAUGUACAUCUUUGGUGGAUAUGAGCAGCUGGCUGACUGUUUUUCUAAUGAUAUCCAUAAACUGGACACAAAAACCAUGACGUGGACCCUUAUAAACACCAAGGGAUCUCCUGCUCGUUGGAGAGAUUUUCACUCGGCCACAGUGAUUGGCAACAAGAUGUUUGUGUUUGGUGGCCGCGCAGAUCGUUCUGGUCCUUUCCACUCUAACAACGAGAUUUACUGUAAUCGAAUCCGUGCAUUUGACCUGCUGACUGAGAAUUGGCUGGAACUUCCCCAGGCCUCUCCUGCACCCGAGGGCAGACGCAGCCAUUCAGCAUUUGCCUACCGUGGAGAGCUCUACAUAUUUGGAGGAUAUAAUGCUCGUCUCAACCGUCACUUUCAGGACCUGUGGAAAUAUACACCAGAGCUGGCGCGCUGGUUCCGUGUUGAGGUUCAAGGGAAGGGUCCGUGUGCUCGUCGCAGACAGUGCUGCUGCAUCGUGGGAGAUAAAAUCCUUCUUUUUGGAGGCACCAGUCCAUCUCAAGAUCAGGGUCUGCAAGAUGAGUUCUAUUUGAUGGAUCACUCUGACCUGUACAUUCUGGACUUCAGUCCCAGUCUGAAGACUCUGUGUAAACUUGCCGUGUUACACUACAACCUUGACCAAUCCUGCCUACCCCACGAUAUAAGAUGGGAACUGUCAGCAAUGACAACGAACAGUAAUAUCAGCCGUCCCCUGGUAUCCUCACAUGGAUAGACGAAGCUCUGCAAAUGCUCAGCACUGCUGUCCACACGUUGGUUCAUUGCAGUCUUGAGAUUCCCUCACUUUGGCCCCUACAGGAGCCCACUGACUUGUUCUGCAGAGUCUGAUAACUCUCUGUACAUUAGAGAUUGUACACAAGUGUGUAAGGGUGUAUGAUGUGUUGGGGGUGUUUUGGGGUAUGUGAGAUGGUUUAUGCUGGGAUGGCUGUAUGAUUGGGCACACCUGACUGUUUAUGCCAUGCUGGGUAUGGGCUGGGUACGUGUGAUGGUGUAUGCCAUGGUAGGUACAAUAGAUGUGCAGCGU